CCUUUGCGAACGCUCGAUAGGUGGCGCGGGUAAAACCACUUCCGUUAACUUUCUUCAGCCGAAAAGCAGAUAUCAGUAUGCAGUUUGAUAUUUUCAAGCAAUGAUACGAUAACCAAACGUGAAGAUGGACAAAGAUUCAUUCUUCAAGGAGAGAGUGCUACACAGACUGUAUGGAGACACAGAUACUGACGUGGUGAAACAUCAGGAUAACCAAUCAUCACACGAGACAAGUAGGACAAGUCCCAGCCACAAGGUAGCGGUGAAGAGGAAGAUGUACACUGUGUCUCCAGCCCCUAGUGACUGGGGAGACAACCCUGUAAACUGUAAUAUCAAAACCCCAACAGAGUUACCUCCCAUAUCCAGUGGCGCAGACUCGUCAGAGACUAGUGAAUCUGAUGAUGACGACACUGAAACAACAUACAAAAGGAGAAAAAGAAGAGGAAAAAGGAUCAAAAUUGCCCAGAAUAAAUCCAAUGUGCUUCAGAGUGAAUCAAAACUGUUGGAUGUAAAAUCUGAAUCCUCAAGACAAGCAGACAAUACCAAUUCUGGGGAACUUACAAAACUGACCAAAAAUCAGAAGAGGAAGUUGAAGAAAAAGAAACGGAAAGAGAAAUUAAAGGAAAGCUUGUCUUGUGACCUCAAUACUGAGUUUGUGUAUGCAAGACCAUGUAGCCAUUGAACUAAUGCAAGGUUAGUGUGUGUGAAACAUGUGACCAUUGACUUCAACAAAGAGUUUGGUGUGUGGAGGAAUAUGUGACCAAACAAAAUGUUUGUGUGAUGAAUGUAUGAUGUCCACACAGUUUGUGUUUGAAGAUUUUGUAACUACUGAAUGAAUUUGUGUGGAAAGAUUAUUGAAUCAAAAUGGCUAUUCAAUGUUUUUGCAGUGCUAUUUUGUUUAGGAAAAUUUGUAUGAACCUUGCCAUGGUCCAAAAGUUUACUUUGGUUUGAGAGCAGUCAGCAUUUGCUGACAUUUGUUUUGUCCAUCAACAGAUUCUUUUGUUUGGAAAAUAAAUAAUUAAUAUUUAUUGACAUGUCCAUGCUAUCAUUAUGUUUCCAUUGAUUGAUUGUGUAAUGAUUAAACUACAAGAACUGAAACAAAACAAAAAUAAUAAUGAAAGGAACUUAUUAAAUCAGGAGAUAAACAUACUAAGUUUUCAACAUAUAGCUAGGUUACCACUGAAUAAACCAUGCUGAAAUGAAUUCAAAUUGGAUGUGUAUUUGACUUUAAACAAUGUUAAGUGGGUAUAAUUGAUAGAAAUUCAAAUAGACAAGACUGUUUUGACAGAAUAUUAUUGAAUAUUAAUGUGUAAAAUUCUUGCUCUCAUAAGUGCAGGAAAUGAAUAUGACAUCUUCCCAAAGAGUCAGGUCAGAAUGUAUGGUGAAAAUUGUAAUAUUUUGAUUAGGCCAGACCAAUUUUAUUUCUUGUUUUAAGGAUCCGACAGUUGUAAUUUUUCCAUACAUUGAUUGUAGAUAUGCACGUGUUAUGAUCAAAUGCACGUACCCGCCAUUAAGCAAUUAUCAUGUUUCAUAAAACUAUUCUUACAGCUC